AUGACUAAUAGAUUUACUGAUUGUUACUCGGAAAAACAAUCUGGACCAAUCGGUGGCUAUUGGAAGUAUCCACUAGUCUCCUUAAAAGACGCAUUAGCUUCUGUUUUGUCGAAAAUUAAUGGAUUGGAUCGGGAUAUCAAAGAAGCUUAUGAUCAUUGUCAUUUUCCAUCAGAACAUGGUCUUACUAAGGAUGAAGCGGCUGCUCUAUUCUUAUACACACUUGAAGCAGUGGAAAUCGACAAUAAUGAUCCAGCAGAAACACCAGCUACUGCAGCCGCAGCGUCAUUGGCAUCGUCAUCAUCAUCGUCAGCCUCAGCUGCAGCUGCAAGUUAUGUACAACCAAAACCACUCACCAAAACUGUUCCCAGAACAGGGAAAGUUUAUUGA